ACAUUUUUCAAUAAACCAUUUUUCUCUCUGAACAAAAUAUUAACCAAACCCAAUGAAACCCAUUAUGCAUGCAUUUCACGGAACUCAGCGAAACCCAUUUUUCAAUCCACUCUGAACAAUCAACGAAACCCAACGAAACUCAGCAAUGGUGACGACAACGAAGCUCUCAGUUCCUUUCACGAAGCUAAUGCUUGUACUCAACUUCCUGUGACGACAUUGAUAGAGAAACGAAGCUCUCUUCUUCUCCAACACCGCACCGCUUUCUCACUCUCAUUUCUUCGAAACUGAGAGGACAUUAGUAAGGAAGAAUUAGGGGUUUUAUACUUUGAGCGACAUUGGUAGCUAAAGAAUUAGGGUUUUAUAUUUUGUUGAUUUUGUUACGCUAUAUUUCAGGUUGAUUUUGUUGAUUUUGAAAGUGUAGACUCAUAAUGGAUAGUUGAUUUUGUUGUGCUAUAUUUCAGGUUGAUUUUGUUGAUUUCAUGUUGAUUUUGUUGUGCUAUAUUUCAGGUUGAUUUCAGGUUGAUUUUGUUGAUUUCAGGUUGAUUUUGUUGUGCUAUAUUUCAAGUUGAUUUUGUUGAUUUCAGGUUGAUUUUGUUGUGCUAUAUUUCAGUUGGUACCAUUUUAUGUGCUUCUUAUUGGUUUGCUUGGACUGCGAGAGAAGCUGUUAUUGAGCAAGACAAGCUUUUAAACGUUACCGAGUUUUCUCUGUAAAGGAAUAUUUGUGCUCAUAUUUAUGAAUUCGUUAACUCGGUUACUAAUAUAUGGAUGACUUUUGAGCUUGCCGGAUGCUUCAGAAGAAUAUACUGCAGAAAGUGUUGGUUCUCGUGGUUACGUGGAAAUCAGUACCACAACAGCGAUUUUAUUCGUUGUGCUUGCUUCUUGUUUCUUGGUUAUGCUGUACAAACUAACGCCGUUCUGGUUUGUUGAAGUUCUGGUGGUUCUAUUUUGCAUUGGUGGGAUAGAGGACUGCAAACUUGUUUGGUGGCUCUAUUAUCAUGUUUCAGAUGGUUUCAACAUCCAGCGCAAACAUAUGUGAAAAUACCGUUCUUGGGAUGCACUGCUCUGCUGGAUGCGAUGCUGUCAUUCUUAAACAAACUCUAACCGUGAACAAAAAAGGUUAAUAUUCUUUCUGUCACUUUGAGAAAGAAAAAACAUGUCAGAAUCUGAGGAAGAAAAUCAAGAUUUUCCUCCUAAAACAAAAACAUCCUUAGAAGAACAUGUUUGUGCUAUGGAUUUUGAUCUGGAUUUAGAAACUUCAUGGCCUUUGGAUCACAUGUCCUUUAUUUCAAACCCUAUGUCACCUAUCCUGUUUUCCACCAUCUCUGAUCAACCUUCAUCUCCUCUAUGGGUUUUUAGUGAUGGAGAAGAUGACAAACAUGCCAAACUUGCAGCUUCAGCUUUCUCUGAUUGCCACAAGAUCUUCUCUUGUAUGUUAUGUUUUGUUUUGUUUGGUUUGGUUUGGUUACUUUCUGAUUGGUUUUCUGUUGACUUCAAUUUUGAAAUUUUUAUCAUCUUUUGAACUUGCUUAAUCCCAAGUUGACUAUAAAUUGAACUGAUGCAACAAUUUUUUCUUUGUUUGAUUUGAAAAUGUAAUAUGAACUAGAAUUUAUGAUUAUUUUUCAGUAUUAGGUGUUUUCAUUUGCAUAAUAUUACUUGUGACUUUGGGUGUGCUAAACAUGUGUUUUUUGAAGUCGGUGCUGCUAAACAUGUGUUUUUUGAAGUUUAUAGGAGCUGAAUUUCUUCUAGCUAAAGCUUCUACUAUUCAGGUGAUUUGAAUUCAGUAACCGAGAAGCCGAAUGAGAACGAUGGCAACAAAACGUUUUUGCCACCGCUGGUGCCACCAAUAGAAAAUUUAGAUGGAUAUUGUGCAAUCAAGGAAAAUAUGACACAGGCGCUUCGCUAUUUCAAAGAAUGGACUGAACUGAAUAUUCUGGCUCAGGUUUGGGCACCGGUGAGGAAUGGUAACCGGUAUGAACUUACAACUUCUGUCAACCCUUUGUGCUUGAUCUGCAUAGUAAUGGACUUAACCAGUAUAGAACGGCUUCCCUGAUGUAUAAGUUUUCGGUGGAUGGAAAGAACGAUGGAACUCAAGGAAUUUAUCAAAUUCAACUUUUUUUCUUUGAUGAAUGAAUUCUAUUUUGAGGUUUUUAAAAGUGGUCCACUUUUCAUAUCUUCCAAAGGAAUAGGCUGGAAGUCAUGGAAGAAGAGGUGGUUUAUACUCACGCGCACAUCAUUGGUUUUCUUCAAAAAUGAUCCUGGAACGAAGUCUAUUAAAGGGUUGGCUUUGAAGUUACCCAAAGCUAAGGCAAAAUGUUUUAGUACUAAAGCAUUUAAGAAGAUGACGAAACUAAGAUUACUUCAACUUGCUGGAGUUAAACUUGGUGGAGAUUUUGAAUAUCUUUCAAAAAAUCUGAGAUGGCUGUCUUGGAAUGGAUUUCCCUUAACACAUAUUCCUACGAACUUUUGUCGAGAAUAUUUGGUUUUCAUUGAGUUAGAGAACAGCAAUGUCCAACGUAUGUGGAAAGCUAUGGCUACCAUUAAUGGGAACACUGAUGCUUCUCAACCCAUUGUUGCUCCUACAAAACACUCUCUUCCUCCUAAAACCGUCGAUUCUAAAUCCGUUCUCAAAAGUGUGCGGUGUGUUCGUGUCUAUCAUAUUUUCCCCCUUUUUGGCGCAACAAUUUCAAAUACUUAUACUACACCCAAAUGAUACUCAUCAAAUGAUACCCAAGUGAUAAACGGCGGCGGGCGUGGUAUUUUGGCUAUGGAUGAAUCAAAUGCUACAUGUGGAAAGCGGUUGGAUUUAAUUGGACUAGAGAACACCGAAGCUACCCGUCAAACAUGGCGUAAAAUUAUAUAUGAAGAAAGUGUUAUGACUUAGUUAAAAUAUAAUUUUUAUGUGUAUGAUUUUAUAAUACUUGAAAUAUUACGACUGUACAUGAUUUUCUAUACUUUUUGGUUAAUAUUAAUAAUAUUUUGACUUAGUUAAAAUAUGAUUUUUAUGUGUAUGAUUUUAGUAUUUGCAAUAUUAUGACUGAAAAUGAAA